AUGCCUAUGCGACAACUGCCAAGUGGUAGAGGGGGGACACAGAUGGUGUAUGUCCCUUUUACCAGCACGGAUCUAAUGAAUUGGUCAUCUACUUUUCCCUCAUUUCGACAGUGUCUGGAAGAAUUUAUUAAAAAGUUAAAGGGUAUUUUCACAAUGUAUAAUUGUAAUUAUGAUGAUGUGGAGAUGAUUUUGAAUCAAGUGCUAAGUGAGGGUGAGAAGGAAACGGUGUAUAAGAAAGCUAGAGAGGCGGUGCAAGGCAGGGCGGCUUAUCCGCAAGAGAAACCUGAAAUGGAUUGGGAUGUUCCGGAGGCCGUUCAAGAGUGGGAUAAAAUGAGAAAGCGAAUCUUAGAAGCAUUAGAGGAUAUGUCUAAGCCUGUGUAUGAUUGGGGAAAGGUAGAUGCAUGUGUUCAAAAGCACGAUGAGCACCCAGGGGAAUUCUUCCACCGCCUCUGUAAGGUUUUGAAAAACCACAGCGGCUUAGAUCCAACCUCCCCUGUAGCAAAAACACAAGUGAUCGGCCAGUAUGUAAAAAACUUAUUACCAUUCGCUCGAAAGUACGUGUGUAGUCAACCAGCUUAUGAAAACAAAACGCUGGAGGAGGUGGUAGGGUUAGCAGCCCAUGCCUGGAGGAAUAGGAAGGAAUUAGACACUAGGAGGUCCGAAAAGCUCCUUAAUCUGCAGUUGCAAGGUUUCCAAGACGGCUCUCGGGGACGAGAUGCAAGCCGAACCCCCUCCGCUUCUUGGACAGUGCAGUUGGAUGCAAACCACCCGGAACUUCCAGUUGUGGUGGGAGGAAAAACUUAUUCAGUGUUAAUUGACACCGGGGCAGAUAGAAGUACUCUACAGGACCCCAACCUUCCUACCACUUCUGCAACCGUAAAAGCUAUAGGCGUUGGUGGCACCGUGUGCGCCCUUCCUCUAACUGCGGAGCAAACGGUCCAGCGUGGCCCGUUAUCAGAGGAUCAUAGCUUUUUAAUUGCAACUUCCUGUCCUGCAAAUCUAUUAGGCAGAGAUUUGUUAUGUAAACUACGAGCAACUAUAACUUGCAGCCCGGAGGGGCUAUAUCUCUCAGUCCAUACUUCCGUCCCUGAAGCUACGGUAAUGGCAUUGUUAGCCACUAAUGCCACCACAAUGACACCCACUGCCCCCCUUGUCCCGGCUGAGUUAUCUGAUAUUCCUGAAGCAUUGUGGGCCUCGGUGUCCACUGAAACUGGACUUUUAAAGGUUUAUAUCACUUACCGUACAGACAUCCCUCUGCCCCGAAAAAUGCAAUAUCCAUUGCCUAAAGAGGCCAUAGAGGGCAUUCGGCCAGUCCUACAACAGCUUUUAACUCAAGGAAUCAUUAAAGAGGCUACCAGCCCUUGCAAUACACCUAUUCUUCCUGUUAAGAAACCCAAGCCUGGCCCCGAUGGCAAACCGGUUUACCGUUUCGUGCAUGACCUCCGACUGAUCAAUGCUAUUGUGAUCCCGAGAGCUCCGGUUGUUCCCAAUCCAGCAACUAUUUUAACUGCUAUUCCCCCAGGAGCUACGUAUUUUACUGUGAUUGAUCUGUCUUCAGCAUUUUUCAGCAUCCCUGUGCACCCAGACUCACAGUUCCUAUUUGCCUUUACCUUUGACGGAUGUCAAUACGUAUGGACCCGCCUCCCUCGGGGCUACAGGGAGAGCCCUACCAUCUUCAGCCAGUAUUUAAAGCAAGAUCUGGACUCUAUUUCAUUGACUAUGGGUUCUACUUUGAUUCAAUACGUUGAUGAUCUGUUAUUGUGCUCUACAGCCAAGACUGCCUGUGUACAAGACACUCGAAUCCUUCUUUUUGCAUUGGCCGAAAAAGGUCACAAGGUGGCACUCUCCAAGCUACAGUUUGUCCAACCCAAGGUGGAAUAUUUAGGGCAUUGUAUUUCAUAUGCCUCUACUGCACUUACUCAGGACAGGAUUGAAAGCGUUCUGAGUAUGCCGAGGCCUACCACUAAAAAACAACUCCGCCAGUUACUGGGAGCAAGUGGCUAUUGUAGAGCCUGGAUUCCGGCUUAUGCGGAGUUAGUGCACCCCCUCACCGAUUUGCUGCUGGAUUCUGUUCCCGAACCCCUGCCAUGGACGACUCUACACAACAACGCCCUUACCGCCCUCAAACAAGCAUUAACUUCUGCACCAGCCCUGGGCAGACCGGAUUACUCAAAGCCUUUCACCUUGUUUUGCCAUGAACAAUCUGGCACGGUGUCUGGUGUGCUAACUCAGCCCUUUGGGCCUGGCCAGUGACCAGUGGCUUAUUUUUCAGUCCUUCUUGACCCAGUGGCUCAGGGUCUUCCGCCCUGCCUCCACGCUGUUGCGGCUGCCGCUGUAUUGGUUGAGAAAGCUUCAGGACUUACCUUGGGCCACCCUCUUCUAGUUCAGGUGCCUCAUGCCGUUGCAGAGCUUCUUAAUCGUGGAUCCACGCAGCACCUCACAGCAGCCAGAUUGACCAGGUACGAAUUGGCCUUGCUCGCCAAUCAGGCUGUUACCCUACGCUGCUGCGAAGUCCUGAAUCCUGCAACCCUUUUGCCUCUGCCUGAGGACGGGGAACCUCAUAAUUGCCUCCACUUGGUGGAUUUGAUCUCCACGCCUCGUCCUGACCUCUCCGAUAUUCCAUUGCAGAAUCCUGACCUCCAAUUGUUUUGUGACGGCUCCGCCUGUCGGAACGAGUUUGGAGCCUUACAAGUUGGCUAUGCAAUUGUUACCCUGAUGACAACGCUUGAAGCGCAUGCCUUACCUACUCAAAAGUCAGCGCAAGCAGCAGAACUCGUGGCGCUUGUUAGGGCCUGUCAAUUAGCUGAAAACAAAACUGUGGCCAUCUAUACUGACUCCAAAUAUGCCUUUUCAGUAUGCCACUCUCCUGGACAACUUUGGAAACAUCGUGGGUUCCUUACCUCCAGUGGCUCUCAGAUCUCCCAUGUUGCCUUGAUUUCCACCUUGUUAGAGGCUAUUCAACUUCCUGCAGCUGUUUCAGUUACCCACUGUAAGGGCCACUCCUGCACCACGGACGAGGUUUCCAAGGGAAAUGCUGCAGCCGAUUCGGCAGCCCGUCAUGCUGCCCUCUAUGGGGCUCCAGCCCCUUUUCCUUUUUUGGCACCCCUGCUACUGCAACCAGUGACGCCAACCGUUUUGCUCUCUGCCCAGCAGACGAUGCCCCUGGCCGAAGUUAGCCGUUGGAAAUCCAUUGGACGCCACCUAAAUAAGGACAACCACUAUGUCAGCCCAGACGGUCAUCCGGUUCUCCCAAGACAACUCCUCCUUCGGGUUUCCCAGGCACUCCACCUGGCCUCGCACCUGGGAAAGGGGGGAUUAGUGGCUCAAAUGGAGUGGUAG